UUUACACAGAAGUCAUAUCUUAUCACACACCAGAGGAUUCACACUGGAGAGAAGCCAUAUCAGUGUUCUGAAUGUGAUAAAGCUUUUACACAGAAUUCAAGUCUUAUUAAACACCAGAUGAUUCACGUUAGAGAGAAGCCAUAUCAGUGUUCUGAAUAUAAUACAGCUUUUACACAGAAAUCACAUCUUCUCAUACACCAGAGGAUUCACACUGGAGAGAAGCCAUAUCCGUGUUCUGAAUGUGACAAAGCUUUUACAAAGAAGUCACAUCUUAUCACACACCAGAGGGUUCACACUGGAGAGAAGCCAUAUCAGUGUUCUGAAUGUCACAAAGCUUUUACAAAGAAGUCACAUCUUAUCGCACACCAGAGGAUUCACACUGGAGAGAAGCCAUAUCAGUGUUCUGAAUGUGACAAAGCUUUUACACAGAAGUCACAUCUUAUCACACACCAGAGGAUUCACACUGGAGAGAAGCCAUAUCAGUGUUCUGAAUGUGCAAAGCUUUUACAGAGAAGUCACAUCUUAUCACACACCAGAGGAUUCACACUGGAGAGAAGCCAUAUCAGUGUUCUGAAUGUAGCAAAGCUUUUACAGUGA